UGUGUUUCUUGGAUUGGGAACAGACGAAAGUGGAGUGUCGGUAUGGCAUGUGGAGGACAGCCAACAGCCAGCGGAACGGGCCGACGGGACUGAAAUGGAGUGAUAGAGGAAGAGAGAAACAGAGAGAGGGAGCAAAAGAGAUAAAAAAAAAAAAACAACAGGAGUGAAUGUGGAGGGCGCUUCAAAGAGUAACACGUGAAACGUAAAGAUGGUUCGGUGGUUUCACAGGGACGUGUCCGGUAUAGAGGCUGAGACCAUUCUGAAGACCAGAGGAGUCCAUGGCAGCUUUCUGGCUCGGCCCAGUAAAAAAAACCAGGGCGAUUUCUCCCUCUCCGUCAGAGUUGGGGAGAUGGUGACCCACAUUCGGAUUCAGAAUACGGGUGAUUACUAUGACCUGUAUGGGGGAGAGAAGUUUGCAACACUCUCUGAGCUGGUGGAGUACUACACAGGGGAUCAUGGGAUACUUCAGGACAAAGACGGAACCAUCAUUGAGCUCAAGUAUCCGCUCAACAGCUCUGACCCCACAACUGAGAGGUGGUACCACGGUCAUUUGUCCGGACCUAACGCUGAGAAGUUGCUACGGGAACGGGACGAGCCUGGGACGUUCUUGGUCCGCGAGUCUCUGUCCAAACCGGGCGAUUACGUGUUGUCCGCUCUCACCGACGAGAUGAGCAGCAGCGGAAGGAGGGUUUCACACAUUAAAAUAAUGUGUCAGAAUGACACGUACACCGUGGGCGGAACAGACGUGUUUGACACGUUGACUGAUCUCGUGGAGCAUUUCAAACGAAAAGGCAUCGAGGAGAUCUCUGGCACCAUGGUGUACCUUAAACAGCCCUACUACUCCACGCGGGUGAAUGCUGCGGACAUCGACAGUCGAGUGAAGCUGUUGGACCAGACGGCGGACGGAGGAAAUGAGGAAGGAGACAAAAAGAAGAAAGCGGGUUUCGGGGAAGAGUUUGACGCUCUUCAGAAGUUAGAAGCAAAACUGAAGAAGAGCAGGAAUGAAGGGAUGCGACCGGAAAAUAAAAGCAAAAACCGAUACAAGAACAUCCUCCCCUUCGACGAGACGCGAGUCAUCCUGCAGACUGGAGACCCUAACAUCAUUGGCUCAGACUACAUCAACGCCAACUACAUCAAAAAUAAACUGUUUGAACCCAAUGAUCAGAAGGUUUAUAUUGCCUGCCAAGGUUGUCUGGCGACAACCGUGAACGACUUCUGGCAAAUGGUGUGGCAGGAGGGGUCGCGGGUCAUCGUCAUGACGACGAGGGAGGUGGAGAAAGGAAGGAAUAAAUGUGUUCCAUACUGGCCCGAGAUGGGAGCGUCUAAAGAGUUCGGCAGAUACGUAGUCAGCUCCGUAUCGGAGAGAGACGCUACCGACUACAAGAUCCGAAUCCUGCAAGUGUGCCACAUGGACCAGACGGAGGCGGCCCGUACCAUUUGGCAUUAUCAGUACCUGAGCUGGCCCGAUCACGGCGUCCCGGCUGAACCCGGAGGGGUUCUGAGUUUCCUCGACCAAGUCAAUAGCAAACAGGUUGAAUUCCCCAAUUCUGGGCCAAUGAUCAUUCACUGCAGUGCAGGGAUUGGUCGAACAGGCACUAUUGUGGUCAUCGACAUGCUCAUUGACCUUAUUACCAUGAAGGGUCUGGAGUGCGACAUCGACAUACAGAAGUGCAUUCAGAUGGUUCGAGAACAGCGCUCGGGCAUGGUCCAGACCGAAGCCCAGUACAAAUUCAUCUACUUGGCCAUGUCCCAGUACAUAGAGACAGAAAAGGCCAAGUUGACCGCCAGGACGGAGACUGAGACGGAGUAUGGGAAUCUGUCUUUGCAGCCCAAGCACCCCAAGGCCAGCCGCAAAGUGUCCAAGAAUAAAGAGGACGUGUAUGAGAAUCUAGGUGCGAAGGGAAAGAAGGACGUGAAGAAGCAGAAGUCGGAGGAGAAGAAGAGUGGGUCCGUCAGGAAACGAUAGAACAAAUGAAAAAGAAGGAGCAACGUGAAUGGAUAGAACUUCUCUUCAUUUGUACAACGUAGUAGAUACCACCCUUCAGCGGAUUGACAGUCAUUUGAAUUGAAAAUGUGAUAUUUAACUAGAUUUCUUUAAAAAAAAAAGAAAAAAAAGCCCUCAGAAAGUUACAUUUGAAAAUCUUUGAUACGUCCAUUAAGACCUCGUUUUUUUUUAAUUUGAGUAUUUUAUCUUUUAACGCAUAUUUUGUUUGUUUACACGCAAACUGAAACUUGUACGGUAAUUUUAAUUUGAUUACUCUGUGAACUCACAAAGGCACGGUUUCUCUCUCUCUCCCUCUCUCUCUCUCUCUCUCUCUCUCUCUCUGUGAACAGUUUACAAGAAAAUAAAAAAUGCACUUCAAGUUAAAACGAUGGCU